UGAGUGGUGUUGAGAGACUCCUGCUGCAGGAGUGGAUGGAGCCCCCAGAAAGCGCUUUGUGGCCCCCGGCAGGGGUAUGCUUGGGGAAGACGACUUGCCAUGGGCCUUCAAAUCUGAGGAGUGUAGGGAGAAAGAAGGUGGAAGAGGCCUCUAGGCUGCGGGAAAGCCUGGAGGAAGCCAGGUUGUGGGAAUAUAAAAGACAAACGUGGGUUGGGGGUAGUCCAGGGCUGGUUGUGUUGUUCUAAGACGUUUAGGUCACCAGCCCAACUUUUUUUUUAAUGAAUUUUUGAAUAUAUAAUAUAUUCAUAUGGUUUCAAUAAUAAAAACUUAAAAAGUUGGUGAAAAGAUUUCCCCCAAUCUGCUUAGCUUUUUAUCAACCCUUACUUCCUUGGUGACCACUUUUAGUUUGAGUGUAUGUCCCAAAAUUUAUUUAAAAACUGGCAGAUAUAAAUGUAGUUAGUUCUCCCUUUUUUCAAAGAUGAUACAGUACAUCCUGAUGCCCUUUGCUUCUUCCACUUAAUCUGCUUUAUAGAUCCCUGCAUAUUAGAAAACAGUUUUUGUUUUACAGAGCCGUGGUUUUGGAUUGGUCAUUGUUUAGAUGUUUUGAACGUUCAUAAUUUGCUUUAGUUCCAUUCAGGGAAAUUUGGAUUAUUUCUAAUUUUUUGUUACCCCUAACAAUAGUACUGAAUGCCAUUAUAUUAGAUUAAGGUUUUUAAGGAAUGUUUGUUUUACAUUAACUCAGCCAGUUAUUGGCAGACUGUUAAAAUGUCAAAUCAGUAUUGUAAUUACUGUGUAGAGUGUUUAGAGAACAAAUAAAACUAUAUAAAAAUGAAGUAGUUUUUCCCUCUGGAGACGUGUUUUUCACUGACAGACACUAAUUCUAUCCCUGACUUUCUUCAAGCCAGUCCCUGCCCCUUUAGUUUCAGGGAAUCUCUCAACUUGCUUUUCAAAAUCUCCUUUACCUUGUUUUCUGGGCCAAUUGGAAAUCUAUUCUCCAUUACCAGUGUCACAUUUGAAGACGGGCACUGAGGAUGAGGAAUCAGCUGAAAAAUAUGAAAAUGUUGGAAAUGCAGAAUCUAAGUGGCCAAAAAUGGAAGGUCUUCACAAGGAUCAUAUGCAGGAAUCUAUUGAUAAAACUCAUGAUUGGGAUAGCAAGAUAGGGAAUCAAUUGGAAAAGCCUGAGUGGAAAAGAAUGAAGGAAGACAAAAGUGGCAUCAGGGAGAAGAUUGACAAAACCAAGAACACGACAAAUAUAAAAACAGAACGAGAUGAGGCAUCUGAGAAAAGCUUACAUCUGAGCUCAAAGCAUGUUACACAUCAGACUGUCCCUAUGGAACAGAAAAGCAGUGAACAAGGUAAAUGUGUUGAGAGCAUUAAUGGAAACUCUCAUGCCAGCCUACAGCAGAAUACCAUUGCUCUUAAGAAAUCACAUAAAUGUGAUGAGUGUGGGAAGUCCUUCAAAUAUAAUUCCCGCCUUGUUCAACAUAAAAUUAUGCACACAGGGGAAAAACGCUAUGAGUGUGAUGACUGUGGAGGAACUUUCCGGAGCAGCUCCAGCCUUCGAGUCCAUAAACGGAUCCAUACUGGGGAGAAACCGUACAAGUGUGAUGAAUGUGGGAAAGCCUACAUGUCCUAUUCCAGCCUUAUAAACCACAAAAGUACCCAUUCUGGGGAGAAGAACUGUAAGUGUGAUGAAUGUGGAAAGUCCUUCAAUUAUAGCUCUGUUUUGGACCAGCAUAAAAGGAUUCAUACUGGGGAGAAGCCCUAUGAAUGUGGUGAGUGUGGGAAGGCCUUCAGGAAUAGUUCUGGUCUCAGAGUCCACAAAAGGAUCCACACAGGGGAGAAGCCCUAUGAAUGUGACAUCUGUGGGAAGACCUUCAGUAAUAGCUCUGGCCUGAGGGUCCACAAAAGAAUCCAUACAGGUGAGAAACCUUAUGAAUGUGAUGAGUGUGGGAAGGCCUUCAUUACUUGCAGAACACUCCUAAAUCAUAAAAGUAUUCACUUUGGAGAUAAACCCUACAAAUGUGAUGAGUGUGAGAAAUCUUUUAAUUAUAGCUCUCUCCUUAUUCAACAUAAAGUCAUCCACACUGGAGAGAAACCUUAUGAAUGUGAUGAAUGUGGAAAGGCCUUCAGGAACAGCUCAGGCCUUAUAGUUCAUAAAAGGAUCCACACAGGAGAGAAACCUUACAAGUGUGAUGUCUGUGGCAAAGCAUUCAGCUAUAGCUCUGGCCUUGCAGUUCAUAAAAGCAUUCACCCAGGAAAAAAAGCUCAUGAAUGUAAGGAGUGUGGCAAGUCCUUUAGUUAUAACUCACUUCUUCUUCAACAUAAGACUAUUCAUACUGGAGAGAGACCUUAUGUAUGUGAUGUGUGUGGGAAAACUUUCAGAAACAAUUCAGGCCUCAAGGUUCACAGGCGACUUCAUACUGGAGAAAAACCAUAUAAGUGUGAUGUGUGUGGGAAAGCUUAUAUCUCACGCUCUAGCCUUAAAAAUCACAAAGGAAUUCAUCUAGGGGAGAAACCUUAUAAAUGUACCUAUUGUGAGAAAUCCUUCAACUAUAGCUCUGCACUUGAACAGCAUAAAAGGAUUCAUACAAGGGAGAAGCCCUUUGGGUGUGAUGAGUGUGGCAAAGCCUUCAGAAACAAUUCAGGCCUUAAAGUACAUAAACGAAUCCACACUGGGGAGAGACCUUACAAAUGUGAAGAAUGUGGGAAAGCCUACAUCUCACUCUCAAGCCUUAUAAAUCAUAAAAGUGUACACCCUGGGGAAAAGCCCUUUAAGUGUGAUGAGUGUGAGAAAGCCUUCAUCACAUACCGAACCCUCAUAAACCACAAAAAAAUUCAUCUUGGGGAGAAGCCCUAUAAAUGUGAUGUAUGUGAGAAAUCUUUUAACUACACCUCACUCCUUUCUCAACACAAAAGAGUCCAUACUAGAGAGAAACCCUAUGAAUGUGACAGGUGUGAAAAGGUCUUCAGAAACAACUCAAGCCUUAAAGUUCAUAAAAGAAUACAUACUGGGGAGAAACCCUAUGAAUGUGAUGUGUGUGGAAAAGCCUACAUCUCACACUCAAGCCUUAUUAACCAUAAAAGUACCCAUCCUGGUAAGACCCCCUAUACAUGUGAUGAAUGCGGAAAAGCUUUUUUCUCUAGCAGAACACUUAUAAGCCAUAAAAGAAUCCAUCUUGGAGAGAAACCCUUCAAAUGUGUUGAGUGUGGGAAAUCUUUCAGUUACAGCUCACUCCUUUCUCAACACAAGAGGAUCCACACAGGGGAAAAACCCUAUGUAUGUGAUAGGUGUGGGAAGGCAUUCAGGAACAGCUCAGGCCUCACAGUGCAUAGAAGGAUCCACACAGGUGAGAAACCCUAUGAAUGUGAUCAAUGUGGAAAGGCAUAUAUCUCACACUCGAGUCUAAUCAACCAUAAAAGUGUCCACCAGGGGAAGCAGCCCUAUAAUUGUGAAUGUGGGAAAUCCUUUAAUUAUAGAUCAGUCCUUGACCAACACAAAAGGAUUCAUACUGGAAAGAAGCCAUACCACUGUAAUGAGUGUGGGAAGGCAUUUAAUAUCAGAUCAAAUCUCACCAAGCAUAAAAGAAUUCAUACUGGAGAGGAAUCUCUAAAUGUGAUAAAUGUGGAAAGUUAUAGUAGCACAUCCCAGAAGAUAAUCUACGAGGGAGGGAAUGUUCUGGAUGGGACCAGGAUGAGGAUGCCUCUGUGGGAGGCAGAGCUUACUAAGUCUCAAAGAACUCAAAUAGAAGAAAACCCUUAUGAAUGUAAGAAUUUCUGAGGCCCUUAUUCAUGGCUUACAAAUUUCAUAGUAUAAGUGAAACCAUUUUAGAUGAUCAAGAGUAAUCUUUACUAUGUGAUUUUCAAUCAUAAUCAGCAAAGAAGGCUCCAGUGUUAAAGUAGUUGAGCCCUUUUGGAGUGUAAAAUAGUCCAUUAUGGGAAUAAAACCUAUCAAAAACAAUGGGAUAUUUUUAAAUCCUCAAAGUGAGCAGACAUUUCUGGACAUAAAAAUGUAUAUGAAGAAAGAACUUCAAUUAGAAAUCACAAAGUCACCAUUAGAGAGUUCAUAUUUGGGUAAAUUUUGUGAAUAGAAAUGUAGGAAAUUCAGACAUAGCUUUGCAUCCCAAUAAGAUUGUAUUGGUCAGUGGGGAAAAAAAAAUCCAAGAAGAGCCUCCAAAGGGCAAAUUCAGGGAGAGAUAGGCUUCAGGGAAUAUAAAUUUAUUUAUUAGUAAUCAUGGAUUAUUAACAAUGUAAUUGAAUGGUUUGGGGGAUAGGAUGAGAAAAAUUUGGAUUUCCUUGUAGUAAAGUAAAAAGCAUAAACUUAUAAAUCUAACAGGAGUAGGAGAGUAUUAUAAAAAUGCAAAUUGAGUGAAAUGUAUAUUGUAAUUCAAGAGUUGAAUGGGUGAAAAUUAAAGUUUCAAAUGAACCCCCUCAAUAAAUGAUGACUGUGUGAUGAGUGAAAACCUGGUAUUCACAUAUUCUACCAUAAAAGGUCCUACAAUGGAGAGUAUUUUGCCAUCUUCAAUAACUAAUGGAACAUGAAUCUUCAACAUGAAUUUGCACCUUCAGAAAGAAUCAAUUCAGGGAUUCCUGUGAAUAGGAAUGUUGGGAAGGAGAGCAUUUUAUUGUGGUAGCUAAAAAACUAAGUAGCUACUAGUAAUCGAGAGAGGAAAUUCAUGUUUCUAAAUCUUGUCAAAUGUUUGUUUUGGAAUGUGUUGUAAAGAUUUCAUGCACUACAUGUGUAUAUUGUCUGUCGUAAAAUGUUAUGAAUACUUUGUUCAGGGCUCAUUCUGCUCUGCCAUAAAGACCAGGUAAUUGUGGUGAGGUAAGAUUGAACUCCAAUAAAGAAAUUCCUCAAAUGUAAA